AUGAGCAUCCCUGAUUAUUACAGCAUCCUGGGUGUGAGCCCGACAGCCAGUGCCGAAGAAAUUAAAAAGGCGUACCAAAGGGAAUCGCUCAAAUGCCAUCCUGAUCGAUUUCCCAAUGCGACUCGCGAGGAAACGCAGGCACAUACACAACGCUUCCAAAGCGUCGCAGAUGCAUACUAUAUUCUGUCAGACAAGAGUCGGCGCGCAGAAUAUGACGCAUUGCGGCCUACGUCCACGCCGCAACCUGGCCGGGACGAUGCGAAUACACAAAGUGACAGUGCACGAUUUUUCCGCUCGCAUCAGCGACACCAGCCAGAAGCAGAGCAUAUGUUUGCGGAUGUGUGGGCAGAACUGCUGCGGCCUGAAGUCGACCGUCAUGUGCCUAUUUGGAAGACAGCUGGAACAGUGUCAGGUGCGAUGCUAGGCUAUAUCGUGGGAAACAUUCCAGGAGCACUGGGAGGUGCCAUGCUGGGCAAUCGGUUGGGUGCUGUGCGUGACGCAAAGGGCCGUGCUGUGAGCGAGGUAUUUUUGUCGUUGCCAGGCCGUGAACGUGCUGAGAUUCUGCGCACGUUGGCCGUGAAAAUCUUGGGCUCCUUGUAA